UAUAAGUUUCUCUUUUGUAAUUAUACUCCUGCAAUGGCAGCUUCCAUGAGAUUUGGAUUGAUUGUACUGGUGAUAACAAUACUGUGCUUUUUAUCAAAGACCCAGUCUUCAAAAGAAUCCUCAAUUGUGGAUAUUCCUGAUUUUCAACACAAUGCCACUGUUCUAAAGCUGGCAAACUAUGCUCUAACAGACUGGAACUUUGCCCAUAAUGCUGGUCUUGUAUUUCAGAAAGUGGUGGGAGCACAAGUGCAAGCAAAAACAGGCAAAGAGGCAAUCUAUUAUAUUUUGAUUCAAGUUUUGGAUGCCAGCUCUUUUGUGGUAGUUUACAGUGCUCAAAUAUUGUAUGAACAAGGCAUGGGAGAUCCUUGGGUGCAGACAUUCACCCCUCUACUUCCACCUACACCUCUCUAAUUCUUUUAUAUGCCUUUUCAAUUAGCAGAGUAUGGAAUCUGUUCGUUGUUUAAAGUAUUGAUGAUUUUUUUUUAAAUUCUAUUUGAAUAACAUGAUAUAAGAUGAUAGUCAUCUGUUUUCGG